AUCAAGUCGUUGAAUGAAGAAGAGAAAAAUUUCAUGAAAUACAAGAUUUCAAAAAUGGGUAUAUUUGCCUUGUACUCCGAUCAAAAUGCUUCUCAACAAAAAGAAAAUCUCUCAACAGUAUUCCAAAUCUCUCACAGGAUCACUGUCACGUCUCGUAUCAGCGUAUUAUGCAACGGAUGAAAAUCGUAUAUAUGUAUACCAGGACUUCUACAACCUCCACUUUAUUAUGAAAAUGGUAGUUUAGCUUCGAAAUUUGGAGCACUUGGUUGGAUUAUAAGUCAUGAGAUUAUGCACGGAAUAGGUAUCCAAGGUGUACUGUAUGAUGAGAAUCAGAAUAAACGGACUUCGUUCAAUGCUUUACUGUCAUCCGGUUUGAAACAUUUGAAUGCUUUAUGUCUGAGUCGUCAGUAUGGUUACUAUAGUUACACUGCUUUAAAAGCUUUUCGCACUGAUACUCAAGAAGAAAUGUUGGCUGACAAUGAUGGAUUAAAAGCGUCGUACCACACAUACAAGCGUUUGUUGAAGAAGUUCUCGAACAAUGUUAGCCAAGAUAACCACGAUUCACUUGAAUCUGAUCGACUGUUCUUCCUCUCGUCUGCACAAGCUAUGUGCGGACAUCAUGGUGAGGUAAUACUUGCACAAAAUGCAGUAGCUAUGCCUCAUGUCUUGGAAAAGUUUAGAGUGAUCGGGGCGUUGGUCAAUAGUAGAAGAUUCGCACGUGCAUAUGGUUGUCCAGUUGGUUCACCAAUGAAUCCUGUUACAAAAUGCGAUGCAUGGUAAACCCAUUAUGAAUUACAUAUUUGACACCCUAAACAUAUUUUGGGAUGCUACAACAUUUGAGUGGCUUUUUGCACUUUCUUAAACAAAGCUUUAAAAUACACAAUUCUCAUCUUUGGUUUUAUUUUAUGAUUCGAUUCACUAUUCAUGUGAAAUGCCUAUUUAUCGAUAACAAAACUUUAUUUCAGCAUAAGAGUCAAUAUACUCCAAUUUCUUUUCCUCUAAAUGAGUAACCAACUUACAUUGUUUUAUGCCUAAUAUUUAAACCAAAUAAACUUUAGUUAGC